AUGCUGCAGUGAUGAGAAGCCUUUUCAUCCGGCUGUUUUUCAGAGUCUCCACUGGCUGCGAUAAUUACAGGGCCCGGGGCUGCACUUUGAGCUCACUGCGCUCAUGCAGGCUCUUGAGAAAAAGCCGCGCGUCUGAUUCUCACGGCACAGAUAUAAAACCACAUACUGCGCGCACGCACGCACACACGCACACACACAAGCGCGCACGCCUGAGCCAGCGGAACCAGUCCGCACAGCUGCUCGGGGACAUUCCUGUCGCGUCUCCAACAACUUCAGUACACAGACGUCAGCACUGGUGAACGACGUGAGCUGGUUGAAGGCAUUUCCCAGUAAGGCUUCAGAGAAUGCGGAACGUCAUUCCUCCUGCCAGAGCUCACGGAAACUUUUGUCGGUGAACACAAACGCGGAGACGGAGAGAGGCGGCCGCAGGACCCCGCAGUCUGUGCGUGUCGGUCACCGGAGAUGAUGGGAGUUUGACUAGAUCCACUACGGCACGGAAACACCAUGGCUGUGGACGCGGCAUCCAGUUUCAGUUUCUGCAGGCCAGCUAUGGAGUACAGGGCUCUGCCGGAGGACUUCAAACACCAGCUGAGUCGACGGACAGGUGGGAACCUAACCUGGCAUGACGGACGUGGGCACAAAACCGCAGGAGGCAGGACAGUGAAGCUGCUGCAGCAGCCGGGCACACAGGCCCUGCAGUACCGUUCCAGUGACAACUAUGGGAUAUAUCACACAAGCCCAACACAGCCCAGCCUGAUCCGCCCCGUCGUGCUCUGGACACAACAAGAUGUUUGUAAAUGGCUGAAGAAGCACUGUCCACACAACUACCUGACCUACGUGGAGGCCUUCUCCCAGCACGCCAUCACAGGCCGCGCGUUGUUGCGUCUGAAUGGGGAGAAGCUGGAGAGGAUGGGACUAGUGCAAGAAACACUUCGGCAGGAGUUGCUGCAACAGGUGCUGCAGCUUCAGGUGCAGGAGGAGGGACGCAACUUGCAGCUGCUCAGCAGAGGUUCCUUCGGAAGAAUAUCGUAGCCAGAUUGCCGGAAGAUUUGGAUGCCGUGGAACUCUGGGAUAUUUACCCCAAAUAAACUCAAAUGU